AAGGUCGCAUACUGUAUUGAUUUCUAUAUGUAUAAUUAUAGUUUUUCAAGUGUUUGUAGACAUAUAGCUUCCUGGUUUAGAUCUUUAAAUGCAUGAUUUAAAAUGUCAGAUAGGAGAAAAAGAGAACGGGAAGAAAACGAGCAAGCUGGAUUUAUUGAAAGACAUGACGCGGAUCAAGAGACGAUUUCUAGGUUCGACCAUCCUACAGUCGAAAUAAAACUCCACUGUAAAGCGAUGUUUGAAGCUGCAGACGCUGUUCAUAAAUACGGAGAGAAAGUACAUGAGGAACAGAUGAAGGCGAAGAGUAAACACCUGGAAAAAUAUGAAACUAAAUAUACAGAUUAUCUAGAAGCACUUAAGACUGAAAUGUCUUUCAUAGAUAGUGUAAGUAUUACAAGGAUUAGAGAUCUAAACAUUUUAAAUUAUUUGAAAUAAUUCGUUUGUUACGUUUAUUGCAUAGAUAUAUUGAUAAUAUAAAUAUGCUUAAAUAAAGAAUUGUAAAGAAGAAUAAGGGUUAUGGAAAUAAAACAGCAAAGAUUAUUACUUUAUAAAUAGUGACAAAAGUUACAUAACAUUGUUGUGACGAGGUCUAGUAAGAGAGUUUCUAAAGUAUUACAUAUCUAAUUAAUUUUGUUGCUAAAUUGUGUAAUAAU